CUCCUUCACCGUGACGAUCAUUUGUGGUCCGCAAAAUACAACAGAAUCACGUGUCUAAAUCAAACAAAUAAACAAGCUGACCAAAAGUGAAAGUCAGUAAAAGUUUGGCGAAGCAGGUAUGGCUAUGACAGAGAAACAAGCGAUAGCUCAAGGGUAUCAAGACCCACCUCCCCAGUAUACAGCACCUCCGGGAACGGCUGCAACAACAACGACUGUAAUGGUAACAGCUGUGCAACAACAGCAAGUGAAUACCCCAUUCCCUGCAAACAUUACCUGUACAAACUGCAAAGCCAAUGUGAUAACAGAAGUGAGCUAUAAGAAUGGUACUAUGACCUACCUCAUGGCUGGAGGAAUGUGCCUUGCUGGGCUUUGGCUUGGCUGCUGCUUUAUUCCUUUCUGCUGCAACCGAUUCAAAGACAUAAUACACACAUGUCCAAACUGCAAAGCAAUCGUUGGAUUUCACAAAAGGAUCUAAGACUUUCCUUAUAACCAUAGCAUAAGCCUGCUCAGGCACAUUUUGAUUUUUCAUAGAUGGCAGAUCGUAAUUAAUUUUGUACCUGCAUUUUGAAAUGAAAUCAUUAGUUCUUUGAUGAAACAUUAUUGAUUGUA